AUGUCUGAUAUAGCUGAUAACGCCGCUGUCAACGCCCGGGAAGAUAGACCCGUUCCCCAGAAUCUUGAAAAUUGGGUCAACACUCCCGAGUUCGAUGCUGCCUGUGACCGCAAGGCGAAGGAGCGUGCUCUAGCUUCGUCUGACGAGGGCGACUUGUCGGAGGAUGAGCGCACUCUCUUGUCCAGUCCAAAUAGCAACGACAGCAACACCACCGCCACGCCCGCCGACUCGGACUCUAAUGAAGUCUCGGAGUUUGAAGCUCAGUACUACUAUUAUGGGCUCGCUCCCAAGGGCUCCCACCCCCGUCUUAUCGCGCGCGACUCUGCCGACAAAUUCGAAGAACCAACUGGACCAGACACGGUUGUUCGUCAGAUGCGCCUCGUCGACGUGCCUGGCCAUCACGAGUUCGCAAAGAACGGGCUAUGGGGGCAAGUUCGUGAUUGGAUCGAGAAGUUCCUCAUCAAGGAGGACAUCCAGGUCUCGUCCAUCGACUUUGUCAUGUUCACUUGGCUUAACAAGUUGGAGGAUGGGGAGCUCGAGUCCGAGGAUGAAGGAGAGGAUGACGAGGGGCAGGAGGAGGAGGACGAUACCGAUGCUGCUUUCGCCGCUCUCACGACUGCCAAAUCGACCAAGAAGCCCGUCGAGGACCGCACGAGGGUUUACUCCAAUGCGACCAUCUGGAUCGGAGCUUUGCCCGACACGCUCAACGGUGCUCGUGCCUUCGAAUUGACCACCCGGAUUCGUGCCCAUCUCGACGGUCUCCAUCUUACCUCGAGGGUGGAUAUUGCUUUCCGUGAAUCCGUCGCUCGCUUCUUCACCGGCACCAGACCAGCUCUCUUCGCCCCUGCCGAGACCAACGAUCCUCUCCAGGGCUUCAUCGAUAACGUCUCCGUUGCCCACAGCCUCACUAUUUCCGGUCGCAAGACCACAAUGCAAGGGACCCUGGGUCCUUACUUCCAGCACAACGGCAAUCUCUAUGCUCUCACCUGUCGUCACACCUUGUUCAUGGCCUAUGAUGGCAACACCGAGUAUCGGUACAACACUUCUGCUCCUAAGCGCAACGUCGUGGUGAUGGGCAAGCCUGCCUUCAACAGCUACGUUGACUCGGUGCAAGCCCAUAUCGGCACUCUCAACGAGACGGUCACGACUCUCAAGGAUUUCAUCAAGACCUUAUCCGAACGGGUCGAGCAGGGCAUCAAUCUCCCGACGUCUCAGCACAGGCUCGAGGAGAACGAGGCAGAGCUCGUCAAGAUCAACAGGAGGAUCACAGACCUCAAGAAGUUCUACGUUACUUUGUGCAGGAAGUGGAGUAAGUCGAGGGACCGCAUCAUCGGCCACAUCGUCUGGGCUCCUGCCAUCGCCGCCGGUGUCGGUCCGAACCGCUUUACACAAGACUUGUGUGUGGUCCAGCUGUAUAAACCCAAGUUCCUCGCCUUCAUUGGCAACGUGCUUAGCCUUGGACCCGAAAUCAGCCCUGAGGACUUCAAACGCCUCAUGUACGAGCGCAUUGAUGUCCCUUCGGAGUUCAAGUAUCCCCCCCACGGUCUUCUCCCCAUGCGUGGCAUGCUCACGGCGAACGACAUCAACAACCCCAACAGCUUGGAUUCCCAGGGCGAUCGUGUCCAUCGUGUCAUCAAACGUGGUUCUACCACCAACACGACGGUCGGGACUCUCUCUCGCUUCAUCUCGUUCGUGCGCAAGUACACCAUCACCGGCACCCUCGAGUCCCUCGAGCUCGCCAUCCUCCCUCACGAGAACGUCACGGGUACUUACUCCAAGGGGGGCGAUUCUGGCGCUAUGGCUAUCUCUGCGACAGGCGCAUACGUCGGCAAGGUCAGCGGUGGGACGAACAAGGGCACGGAUGGAUCCGACAUCACUUAUGCUACUCUCUUCGAGUACGAUUGGGAUCUCAUCCUCGCCGAGUUCCCAGGCGCUAACCUCUACUAG